AUGGGGCUAGAUAUCAAGGGCAGUAGUUCUAGUCGUCAGGGUUCACAACUGGUUGCUUUAUUAUGUCCCUCGCUGCAGAUGGAAGAGGAUCCCGACAUUGUGAACCGCAACACCGAGCUGGAUGACAUCCUCAGACAAAUAUCAGAGCUGGACAAAUGGAGAAACAUCUUCAACUCCCGUGGGUUGGAAUUACAAGAUUGUAUCAUUAAAAGGCCUCUGGAGAGGACUAAGCUUGAGGAGGAAAGCGAGGAUGGCACAGGCAGGCCACCGUCCACUGCACAGCCGCCUCGUGGAAACGCCAACCUAUUGACAGUGCCCUACUCUAUCCCCCUGGCCCUGACUGUCUCUCCUAGCCUAGGAGGGCUCCCUAUCACACCCGAGUUAGCUGGGAACCUAAGGAAGAUUUUGUUCGGCAAUACUUUUUACGUCUUCAACUAUGAGUGGAAGAAGUCCUUCUUCAAAUUCAGGGAGCCCUACUCCAACCUGUCCUAUGCCCUGGAGGCAGAAAGAGGAGGAUCCCGUGCCAUUCAAAUGGUGGUCCAAGCGAACAUUAUCAAAUACUUGCUCUUCACCCGCCAGACCAACUCAGACUGUUGCAGACUGCAAAGUCUGAGUGAGGUGGGUGAAAAGGAGCAGGAGAGGGCUCUGGUCGUCGCUCUGACUGACAUUCUGUGGGCAGCUGGUGAGGAAAGGAGCGCCACCAUCUCCUUAGUGACAUCAGACUACUGUUUCACCCCCCACCUGGACUACAAACUGGACAACUUCACUGAGAGAUUACAGCUUUUUAGUUUCAACAAGAAAGAGGAUGUCAAGAAAUUUGUCUAUGAGCACAUCCAGUGUUUUGAAGAUGAGGGGAGUCAUGGAGUCAUCUUGUUUCUCUACAGCUUAAUCCUUUCAAGGACCAUCACCAGGUUGAGGGAGGAUCUUGACUGUACCACCUCUCACUUGCUCCAUUUGAGCCUUGGCAACUUUGUGUGUCGUCAGGCACUGAUGAAUCUGCUGCUAACGGGCCGAGCCAGUCCCAAUGUAUUCAAUGGAACUCUGCAGUGUGGUGACGACGGCAGCCCUCUGGAGAAGCCUCUACACGGGGUCCUGGCUCGCAGCGCCGUAGGCUACCUGCACUGGAGCCGCGAGCUGAUGGAACGUACAAAGCUGCCCAUGGUUGGAAGCAUGCUGAAAACACCAAGGUUGCCAAUUUGGGUGUGCAGUAUCAAUGGCACCUACAGCGUCCUCUUCAGUCCCAACCGCUCCCUGCUCUCUGACUGGAAGAUGGAGCACCUGUUCCACAUGUACUUCUACAAUGGCCAGCCAUCGCAACAAAGCACAGCCCUGCUGACCAUCGACACUCACUCCCACCACUGGGAAGUAGGGAUCAAGGACACCCAGGGAGACCCAGAGAAGAGGUUUCCCUCUGUAGAGAUGGCCGUUAGGACCAAAUGGGAGGGAGCUGCCAUCGACUGGAACGGAACCAUGCCUUUUUUCUGA